GCGGCGGGCGUCACGGGCGUCACGGGCCCGCGUCAGGCGGCGUCGCGGCGGCGCCCGCCUCCAUCUUGCCGGAAGGCGCGGCCGGGCGGUGCGGGGCAGCGCCCCGGGCGGGCGCGGCCCUCCCUUCCCUCUCGGGGCCCGUGUGGACGCGGGCCUCCCCGAAGAGCCGUGUGAACAGGGGUCCUCGCCCCGGCUCCGGGGGGCCGUGUGGACGCGGGCCUCCCCCAAGAGCCGUGUGAACACGGGUCCUCGCCCCGGCUCCGGGGGGCCAUGUGACGUGGGUCCUUAGCCUCCUCCCCAGGAGCCGUGUGGACGUGGGUCUUCCUUCCCAGAACCAUGUGGACUCAGGCCCUCCCCCCAACCCCCGUCCUCCUGGGGAGCAGUGUGGACGCGGGCCCUACCCACUCCCGGGGAGCCACGUGGACGUGGGUGCUUCCCCAGACUCCCGGGGAGCCGUGUGGACGCGGUUCCUCCCCCCCCCCCAACCCCCAGCUGUGUGGACGCGGACCCUCCCCGCCUCCCCUCCCAGGAGCCGUGUGGGUACGGGUUAUUUUCCCCGCAGAAAACCGUGUGGACGCGAGUCCUCCCCCAACCCCGGGGAACGGUGUGGAUGCGGGCCCCCCCACCUUGCGGACCCUCGGUGGGGCCGUGUGCAUGCAGACCCAUUGGUAGGAACCCUAUCCAUGUGGACAUAUUGGUAGGUACUGGAUUGAUGCAGACCCAUUGGUGGCAACCGUAUUGAUUCGGACCCCUUGGUGGGAACCGUAUCCAUAUAGACCCUUCGUAGGAAUCCAAUCAGAGCGGGCCCAUUACCCAUAGAACGAACUCUGGUUCUCGUUCUUUGCUAGCGUUUCAGAAACAAGUUACAGUUACGUGUCCCUCUUUUUGACGUACAAAAAGCUGUACAUAACUUGAUGAGUUUGGAGAUCCGCGUGAGCCCGUGAACCGUCACCGCAGCGCGCGCCUGCACAGGCUUCCUCCUGCCUUGUCCCUGUUUCGUGGUGAGGAGGCUUUGCAUGGCGUCCGCCCUCGUAGCGACCUUUGCAGUGUCCGGUGCCGCGUGCUUCGCCUGGGCGGGUGCUGUCCUGUGGGUCUCCAGGGCCUGUCCGGCCCCUGCGGCCCAAACCUCGUAUCUUUGGCCGAUGCUCCCGCCGCCUCCCUCCGCCCCGUGGCCGCCGCCGUCCGUGUCUGCUCCUCUGGGCUUGACGGUUGUAGGUCCCUCGUGUCAGUGGCAUCAUGUCGUGUUUGUCCUUCUGUGCCCGGCGUAUUCCACCCAGGAUACCGUCCUCCAGGUCCGCCCGUGUCGCCAACGGCAGGAGUUCCUGUGUGUGAAGGCUGUGUCCCGCCGUGCGCACCCAUCGCCCUCCCCUCCGCCCGGCCGCGGCUGGGGUUCCCAUGUGUGAAGGCUGUGCACCCAUCGCCCUCCCCUCCGCCCGGCCGCGGCUGGGGUUCGGGCAGGUUCCCCGCGGUGCUGCAGUGAGCGAGGGCCUGCGGACAGCUUUCGCAGACCCUGAUUUCACUCCCUUUGGAGGUGUACCCAGAAGCGAACGGCUGGAUCGUGUGGCAGUUCUAUUUUCAGUCUUUGGAGGAACCUCCAUACUGUUUUCUGUGGUGGCUGCGCCAGUUUACAUUCCCGUCAGCAGUGCGCAGCACAACACUGCUCGGCAGUGUGCCUCAGUCUUAUUAAGGACUUGGGACCCUGGCAGAGUGACGCGUUUGGUCCUGGGCAUCCUCUUCAGCUGUGCCAUGGCAACCCCGGAUGUGAGCGUCCACAUGGAGGAGGUCGUGGUGGUGACAACACCUGACACCGCAGUGGACGGCAGCGGCGUGGAGGAGGUGAAGACUGUACUGGUCACGACCAACUUGGCUCCUCAUGGGGGCGACCUCACAGAAGAUAACAUGGAGACAGAAAAUGCGGCAGCAGCUGCGGCCGCUGCCUUCACAGCAUCAUCGCAGCUCAAGGAAGCCGUGUUAGAAGUGAAGAUGGCUGAAGAGGAGGAGAACCUGGAGGCAGAGAUCGUGUACCCCAUUACCUGUGGGGACAGUCGAGCCAACCUGAUCUGGAGGAAGUUUGUGUGCCCUGGCAUCAACGUGAAGUGUGUUCAGUACGACGAGCAUGUCAUCAGCCCGAAGGAGUUCGUGCACCUGGCCGGCAAGUCCACCCUGAAGGACUGGAAGAGAGCCAUCCGCAUGAAUGGCAUCAUGCUCAGGAAGAUCAUGGACUCCGGGGAGCUAGACUUCUACCAGCACGACAAGGUCUGCUCCAACACUUGCCGCAGCACCAAGAUCGACCUCUCGGGAGCCCGCGUGUCCCUCAGCAGCCCCACGUCAGCCGAGUACAUCCCGCUCACGCCUGCCACGGCUGACGUGAAUGGGUCUCCUGCCACCAUCACCAUAGAGACCUGUGAGGACCCCAGCGACUGGACCACGGCCAUCGGAGAUGACACCUUUGCUUUCUGGCGAGGGCUCAAGGACGCUGGCCUGCUGGACGAGGUCAUACAGGAGUUCCACCAGGAGCUGGUGGAGACCAUGAAAGGCCUGCAGCAGCGGGUGCAGGAUCCUCCCCUGCAACUGCGAGAUGCCGUCCUCCUCAACAACAUCGUGCAGAACUUCGGCAUGCUGGAUCUGGUGAAGAAGGUGCUGGCCAGCCACAAGUGCCAGAUGGACCGUUCACGGGAGCAGUACGCCCGCGACCUGGCGGCCCUGGAGCAGCAGUGUGACGAGCACCGCCGACGGGCCAAGGAGCUCAAGCACAAGUCGCAGCACCUGAGCAAUGUGCUCAUGACACUGACGCCCGUCUCCCUGCCACCCCCCGUGAAGCGGCCCCGGCUCGCAAGGGCCACGUCCGGGCCGGCUGCCAUCGCCUCUCAGGUGCUCGCCCAGUCCGCGCAGAUUGCCCUCGCCCCGGGCAUGCCUGUCUCCCAGCUGACCAGCGUGCCGCUUGGCAAAGUGGUGUCCACCCUGCCAUCCCCUGUGCUGGGCAAGGGCUCCCCCCAAUCUGCUCCUGCCAGCUCCCCGGCCUCACCACUGCUUGGGGGCUACACAGUGCUGGCCUCCUCGGGCACCACCUUUCCUAGUGCGGUGGAGAUCCACCCGGACGCGUCCAGUCUCACGGUGCUGAGCACGGCUGCCAUGCAGGACGGCAGCACUGUGGUCAAGGUGGUGAGCCCGCUGCAGCUGCUCACCCUGCCCGGCCUAGGCCCCACCCUGCAGAACGUGGCCCAGGUGUCACCCGGGGGCAGCACCAUUGUGACAGUUCCCACGGGGGCCAUGGAGAGUGCUGUGGCUGCCCCAGGGCCUGAGGAGCACACAGCCACCAUUGAGGUGGCCGCCCUGGCGGAGGGCCAUGAGCACAAGUAGCCAUCAGCAGAGGGCGAGGCCCCUCUCAGGCACAGGGAUGGCUGCCUCUCCUCAGGCCGUGGCCGGCAGAACAUGGCACCAGCGUCUGGAGGGUCACGUGGGGCUGCUGAACCAAAGAGGAGCCACCGAAACAGUGGAGAGAAGAGAGAGGGACAAAAAUGCAGCUGCCUCUGGCGCCUGUCCCGCGUUCUGAGCUUCUCCCCUUCUUUCUUGGGAAAUAUAUUUUUCCAUCUGUUGCUUAUUAAUACUGUUUACACAUUGGGCCUUGAUCAGGAGCCAGGCGGAGGGGACAAGGCCUAGGUGCAGCCGGGUGCCAGGAGCAGCCAGGGAGGGGGUGCCUGUGGACCCGCAGGCCUGCGCUGCCUGGGGGCACGUGACUAGCACUUGUCUUGGGAACCGUCCCCAAGUGUGGAAACCCGUGGAUCCUAUGGAUUUGGUUUCUUCCCACAGUUUUCUGUAGGUUUAGUGCAGCCACAUCCUGUUCCUCAUCUCUGGAACAGGCAUCAGUGGGGCCGCAGGUCUGCACGUGGUUCAGGUCUGGGGGCUCCCGGGCACCCAGGGGUUGGGGUGCAGAGCCCAGGGGCACCCGCCUGAGCAGAGGGGGCUGAAGGCCACAAGCAGCACGCGCUUCCUCUCUCUGCCCACAGGCGAGAAUGGGGACACCCACCUCCCCUCACCCGGCAGGUGCUCAGGGGCCACUGUACAUGCACCGUGGGUGUUUUUAAGUGACUUGUUUAGUAGGCUUCUAGGAAGAGUCAAGUUUGUAGCAUUUUCAACCUAAACGAUGCUUAGUGCCUAGGCUUCCUGAAUCUGCUCUGGGUUCCAGAGUGUUUUGUACAAAACAGCUGUUGGGAUGGCCCGUGGGUGACCAAGUGCUGGGGAGGUCUGCCGUUCUCCCCUAUGAGCCCCCAGCACUGAACUGGCCCCCCUAGGGGAGUGUGAUGGCGGGUGUGCUCCUGGGGCUUUGGUCCUGGGGGUGGGAGCCUAACUAGCACAAGACAGGAGCUGUGGAGGGUUCCCACAGGGUGGAGAUGCCCCUUCAGAUCACGGGCUCAUCGUCGCUCCCUGUGCUCAACCUGCUGGUGCGGCCAGCAUAGCAGCCUCAGCCUGGGACCCCCCACGCCCCCCCACCUGGAGGCGGCUGCACCCUGCUGGCUGACACCGGUGCCCCAGCGUGUGUGAGGCGGCUGCCUGGCAGGCUCGGCCGGGCCACUCCCCUCAAGGUGGGGACCUGGGUGCUCCUGGGAAGGGCUGUUCCUGGGCAUCUGCAGUUCUCAUUUUGGACUCAGGAAGACCAGGCAGGGGCCGCUCUGUAGGCCUUAAGCUGUCGCCAGCAGGGUCCCCGGCCACCCCUAGACGACCUGCCAGCUCUGUCACCGCUGCCACCCACAGUGGGGGAGGGGCCCCUGAGAAAAGCCACCACCCCACCUCACGCUCUGAAGAGAACUGGGCUCCGUCUGUCCGUCCUUCCGCCCAUCAAGUGCCCCAGAACCCCCUCAGAGGGCCUCGCCCCACGUCAAGCUACUGAGGUUGUUGUUUUGUUUUCUUUGUUAUGUUUUGUCUGCUGUUGUCAUGGGCCAGCUGGUUGCAGCGUGCUCUUUACUCGUCGGUGUACAUACUCCUUUUUUAAGCUCAUCUUCACUGAGUCAUGAAUCCUGUUACACGUGGAGUGUGACCCUGUGUGUGGGUACCCCUGGCCCGCCCACCCAUCCACACCAGC